UGUCCAUCUUCAAUCCUAUCAGCAAAAAUUCACAUGCAAGAUUUUCUCUCCUCUCCCUUAUAUCAAUUCCAUAUGUCAAUUGGCCAUCCUGUGAGGAGAGAGAGAGAAGUUGUGUGUGUAAAAAUGGCAUUGGAGGAAGGGGUUGUUUAUCAAGAUCCGUUUGGAUACAAUCAAAGGGAAGUGUUCAACAUGUUGGAAGCCAACUGGUUUGAUUUUGAUUUGCUGAAUAACCAAAUAGAUCCUAGUUAUUGGGAUCAGUACCCAGAUCCUCCAUUGAUACCCACUCAAUUUUCUGCCACCACCGAUUUCACCGAAGAUUUUAAGCCUGACCCAAGUUCUGGGGCUACCGUAGGCGCCGAUAUUGCACCGGCGAGGUCAAAGCGCCGCCGCCUGAGGAACAACAGAAGGAAUCAGGAAGAAAUUGAAAAACAGAGAAUGACACACAUUACAGUUGAGCGUAAUCGGAGAAAACAAAUGAACGAAUAUCUUUCUUCUCUCCGACAGCUUAUGCCGGCCUCCUAUGUUUCCAGGAGUGAUCAGGCAUCUAUAAUUGGAUCUGCAAUCAAUUACGUAAAGGAGUUAGAACAGAGACUUCAAUUACUUAACGCAUCCCACAACCACCAACUUUUCCGGCAGCUUUCCGAUCAGACCGGAAGUUAUAAUAAUAAUUCAUCGCCGGAAAUGGACAGUAGUAGUGCCGCAGCGGUAGCCGACGUGGAAGUAACGGUGGUGGAAAAUCAUGCAAACUUGAAAAUCCGGUCCAGGAAACGGCCCAAGCAGUUACUUAAAAUGGUUGAUGGUUUACAGAGACUCCGACUCACUGUUCUUCACCUUAAUGUUACCACUGUUGAUCAGAUUGUCCUCUAUUCUCUCAGCCUCAAGAUAGAAGAUGAUUGCCAGGUAAAUUCAGGGGAUGAAAUAGCAAGUGCUGUAAAUGAGAUCCUGAGUAGGAUUGAAGAACAGGGACCAUGAUUUGAAGCCGAAGUUCUUCAUUGAUUAACAAAAAUAAAAAAAAAUAAAAAAAUUGUUCAUUAUUCUCCCCCACUUCUAGUUUUUAUUUUCUAUUUUCUAGUAAUUUAAUUAUAUAUAAAUUGUUGCUUUAUGGGAGAAAUCAAAAGUAAUGUCCUCCUUUCCUA